AGGGACGGCGGAGAGGGUUUGCGCAGGAGCAGAGAGGCGGUGCUUCGUUGCGAGGCGGGAGCGUCUUCCCUCUGUCCUGUCCCGCGACGCGCAGCGUGUUAGUUCCCUGCAUGCGGGAUGGCGCGCCGCCGUGUGCGAUACCGUGCGGGCGAGUCUGACGUCGCCACGGGGGGGGAGGUAAACCUUGCUGCUCGCGGCGGAGCAGCAGCAGCAGCAAAGUUCGAUCGGGUUGCCCGCGCGCUGGGUGGCAACACGGCUUACGUUGCGCUGCUGAGCGAUGUCGAAUUGCCCGAGGGAGGCGGAGGGGGGGCGGAUGGCGCACCUGGCACCGCGGGACGUCAUUGUCCGCUGUCCCCCCCGUCGAGUUCCCCGAGAGCCGCCAAGUCCACCUACGGGAUUUGCAAUACACCUAAUAUGCAUGUAGGUAUGUCAUACAUAUGUAUGCACAGGCGGACGGGUCGGCGGCGGCGGUCGUGCUGCACACGCGCCUGGGCAGUCAGCUUUGACGACAACUUUCUCUCUCUCUCCCGGUGUCACGAGGGUAAAAGCAAGUUCCGAGGGAGAAGAGAGGGAGAAAAAAAGAAAAAAGAAAAAAAAAAGGAAAACAGACCCAUACGAACGUGCCGUCUAUCCGGCGUCGUUAUACUCUCGAGGUUUGCCGUUCCGAUUCUCCCCCCUUUUUCCCCCUCCCCUUUCUUCCCUCUUGAGUCACACCGCUUCCCCUUUCCCGCAGCGACACUUGCGGCCCCUCCUCGAUCCUCUUGGCCCUCGAGACACUAAGCCCUCGCUGUGUAGGUUUGCCUGGACGGCUUGUAUUAGGCCGCCGAUCCUGUGUCGAUCGUAUGCUUGCUCUAGAGGCAGUGGCGCGGCAACUAUAUGCAUCAGAUCACGCACGAGACACGACAUCCUCGUGGUUAUAAGGUCACUGGAUUGCCUUGCCACCUUGUAUUGUUACCCUAGAGCGCUCCUCGGGAGGCCCCGACUCGAUGGGCGGAUAUACACGAGAACGGCGGAGGAGGUUUUACCUGUUAUGUUAGAGGUGCCGUCGAUCUAUUGCUCAUGGUGGUGAACGACGAAGUAAUUCGGCGCGUGUUUAAUACUGUAAAAUGCCAACAAGCAAAGCCGCAGGUCAAGGUCGCGAGGUCGAGCCUCGGAUCUCGAAUGUACCGCCAAGGGUACCCUGAAUCAGAUAGCCUCCCCCCCCCUUGAAUAAGUGAGCCGCCCAGACCUUGGUUGCCAUAUCUACUACUCUUGACCAGUGGCGCCGAAUGAGCGAACCGAACCGAGAGCCGCCUCCCCCCUCCCCUAG